AUGGAUUCUAGAGAGCCCAAGAGAGACUCACUGCAUGAUAAGCUGCAGCUUCUUCGUUCCAUCACUAAUUCUCAUGCAAUUAAUGAUACAUCAAUCGUAGUAGAUGCAUCCAACUAUAUUACAGAGUUAAAGCAGAAAGUAGAAAGAUUGAAUAAAGAUGUAGCAAGCUCGAGCAACCAGCACUUGUGGCCUCAAGUUACCGUAGAAACCCUAGAAAAGGGCUUCUUAGUGAAUGUUUGUUCAGCAAAAAGUUGCUCUGGAUUGCUUGUUUCCAUAUUGGAAGCUUUUGAGGAGCUUGGUCUCAAUGUUCUUGAAGCGAGGGUUUCUUGUAAAGAUAGCUUUCAUUUACAGGCAUUUGGAGGAGGAGAAAAUGAAGAAGAUGAAGAAAACUACAUAAAUGCCCAAAUGGUGAAACAGGCAAUUUCAGAUGCCAUCAAGAACUGGAAUGGAAGUAAUGGACAAGACUGA